GCAGUAUAAAUAGCAAAGCAAAAUACAGCACAAUCCUGGCAAACACACAGUAUCCUUGGAAUCUGUUUAGUUCCACUGGAAGAUGAAGCCUGUCCUCUAUCUGUGUUUGUUACUUGCUGGGCUUCAUACUGUUGCCCAUUGUGAUCACCUGCCUGACCACCACAAUGGACAUGGUGACCAUAAAGAUACAGAUCAUGAAGAAAGCCAUAAGAAUCAUGCAAGCAAACUAUCUCCCUGCAAUGCUGAUUUUGCAUUUAGAAUCUUCAAGCAGAUUGCCUCAGAUGCACCAGAGAAGAAUGUUUUCCUCUCUCCUAUCAGCAUCUCUACUGCCUUUGCAAUGCUGGCCCUUAGUGCUAAAUCAGCCACCCUGACUCAAAUUCUGGAAGGACUUGCUUUUAAUCUGACAGAGCUUCAGGAGCAGGAGAUACAUGAUAGUUUCCAUCAUCUCAUCCACAUGCUAAAUCAUCCUGACCGUGAGCUCCAACUCGACAUGGGGAAUGCCCUAUUUCUGAAAGAAAAACUGAAACCACUAGAGAAGUUCCUUGCUGAUGUCAAAAACCUGUAUGAAGCAGAAGCUUUUACUGUCAACUUCAAGAAUACUGCAGAGGCUCAGAAACAGAUCAAUGAUUAUGUAGAGAAGAAAACACAUGGAAAAAUUGUUGAAUUAGUCAAGGAUCUUGAUCCAGAGACUGCAAUGAUUUUAGUUAGCUACAUCUUCUUUAAAGGCAAGUGGGAGAAACCUUUUCAGCCAGAGCACACUACAGAAAGAGACUUCUUUGUAGAUGAGAAAACAACUGUUAAAGUUCCUAUGAUGCACAGAAUGGGCAUGUUUGACUUCCAUUUUGAUGCAGAACUAUCUUGCACAGUGGUCCAACUUCAUUACAAUGGAAGUGCUACAGCAUUUUUUAUUAUGCCUGAAAAAGGAAAAAUGAAGCAGGUAGAAGAUAUUCUGCAGAAAGAAACUGUGUCCAAAUGGUCACGCUCAGUCUGGCGAAGCUCAGUAAACCUGUACAUCCCAAAAUUUUCAAUCUCUGCUACCUAUGACUUAAAGAACCAUCUCAUCAACAUGGGCAUUACUGAUGUGUUCACUGACCAAGCCGAUCUAUCUGGCAUAACAGGAGAGCGUGAGCUGAAGGUGUCAAGAGUUGUGCAUAAGGCCGUGCUGAACGUUGACGAAAGAGGCACAGAGGCAGCGGCAGCUACUGCCAUUGAAAUAAUGCCGAUGUCUAUGCCUCAAACCAUUGAAUACAACUGUCCUUUCCUAAUGCUGAUUUUUGAAAAAACUACCAACAGCACACUCUUCAUCGGAAAAAUAAAUAACCCUCUCGAACAUUAAGUGCUAUCAAUUCAGAUGGCUAUUACUAAAUAAAGAAGCUUUGCAACCUGAA